AUGGCCUUGCCUUCUACGACCUACCGAUUCAACCGCCUGUCAGACCGGCAUCGACAGAUGAUCACCUUAUUGGCUGGUUCGCUGGUCUCCCAGCUGGGCCAAAGUGACAACCGCGAAACAAUUCGGCGGCGGCUGCGGCUGCGGCAACGGUGGCCAAAGGAACCAAUGGCAAUGAGGCGGGUGCCGGUGCCGCUGCCAAUGUCGGAGCAGGUGCCGCUGCCGCCGUAG